GGUGUCCUCCAAUGGAUGCUCGCGGCGGCUUUGUGGCGGUCAGGGAUCCUCGCGGGAAGAAUUGCGAAACCCUAGUGGCUCUUCUCCGAGAAUGCAGGGUCUUGAGCGAUGGCCGGCGCAUCCAUGCCAAGAUCCGCGACCACGGGCUCGAUAGGGAUGUGUUCUUGGGAAAUUUGUUGAUCCAGAUGUAUGGGAAAUGCGGCAGCACGGAUGAGGCAUCCAGGGUUUUCCAAGAAAUGGCGCGCAAGAACGACUUCUCGUGGACGCUCAUGAUCGGCGCCUACACGCGCAACCAUCGCCACGGCGAUGCGGUGGAUUUCUUCUUCCGCGCGAUGGCCGGCGAGAGAGUGGAGCCAGAUGCCUUCGCGUACUCGGCGGUUCUUGGCGCUUGUGCUAAGAUGGGAGCUCUCGAUCGAGGUAAGGAGAUUCACGCUAGGAUUAUAGCUUGUGGAGCUGACACCGACCUCGUCGUCCAGAAUGCGCUCGUGAGCAUGUACGCUAAGUGCCGGAGCUUGGACGAUGCAUGGGUAGUUUUCCAGAAGAUCAGGAUCAAAGACGUCGUGUCUUGGAACGCGAUCAUCUCUGGGUAGCGAGCCGGAUGCUGUCACUUUCUCCA